UGAAAGGGACACAAACUCAAGUUGUAUAGAAAAGUAUAAAAGUGUGGAGAAUUGUCAAUUGCUAAAACAUAAAAUGUAUUACCAAUACCGUGGAUUUUUAUGUGUGAUAAUAAUUUUAAUAAAUAUAAAAUCUUUAAAAACAUUUAAUGUAAAUUUUCAUUACAAUUAUAAUUUACAAGCAGAACCUUUUAAUACACAAAUCCAUAAAAGAGAAUCAACCUCAUAUUUUGAUAAAGCUUCAUUUUCUUUAAAUGGUUUUGAAAAGAUCGAAUCAAUACCAGUGCUAUUUCCCAUUGAUAUAUGUGUUUUCAAUUUGGAAGGUGAGAAAUAUGCCACCGCUUUGCAUAUGAAAAGAAAUGGUGCUAGACACUUGGAAGUUCUUAAAAUGAAGAAUGGUUCUUAUGAAUUAAUAGCCGAUAUAGAGGCUCCUAAGGGCAUUGCGAUGGAUUGCAUUAACUUCAAUAAUAAAGGUUAUGUGGCCUUGGCUUUAAACCUUACCGAACCGGUUAAGUAUGCCAAAGAAGGUUCACCGAUUUACGAGAUUGCAGGCAAUCGUUUAAGGGCUGUACAAUAUUUUCCCGCUCCCAACCUCAUGUCAGUCUAUCUGCGUGCCAGUGGCAAUGAAUUCUUUCUUCUACACACCUAUAGUAAUUCCCAAGAUACCCCUAAUCUGCAUUGUCCCUACUUCCAAUGGUCCGGUAGUACGUUCAAUAAAAUGGGUCGUAUACCCUGCAGUAAUGCCCGACAACUGGCUCCUUUUUCCAUAGACUACGAAAGCUAUGUGGCCGUUGCAAAUUAUGCCGAUCAAAGGGGACGCACCUCUACAAAUUCAGAGAUUUAUAAAUAUUCUCGCGAUAAGAAAAAGUUUAUUUUAUUUCAAAAGAUUAGAACAAAUGGUGCGGUAGAUGUACAAUACUGUAGUGUACCUAACAAUGAGGUGAGAAGACAACAUUUUUUGGUUUUCGGCAAUUCGAUAAGUACGGCUUCGCUGGCGAAGAGAGAAAAGGCUAAAAGAGAGGGUAAAAACUUGGAAGCAGAUUCGGUGUUUUAUCUAUUCGAUAAGGGACAAUUUAUUCCCUAUCAGAAGUUGUCCUUGUAUGCAGUAAAGAAAUUUUUACCAGUGCAGAAUAUAGAGGCAGAAAAGUUUAUCUUAUUGGUGGCCUGUACAGAUCAAGAUAUUAAAAUUUACAAUUUAAACGAUUGGAAAUUUGAAGAAUCAAAAGUACAAUUUACUGAGGGAGCCUUAGGCAAGGGCGUAGCAAAUAUGCGUAUUUAUCAAGAGAAUGAGAAAAGUUAUUUAAUAAUCGCCAAUGAACUAAUGGCCGACAAUGAAACCAACAUAUUUUUGCCCAUAUUCAAACAAGAAGAGGAUGCCAAUGCCUUAAGACAACAGAUAAUCGAUUGGGCCAAAGCAGAAACUCAACGUUUGCAAACUGUAAAUACGAAGGAACUAAGCAAACGAGUGGAGGAAAAACUAAAAAACUUGGAACAAUUAAAAUAUAAGCCAAAAAUGCAGGAUAUAGCCGAAGCCAAUAUACAAACUGUUAUUACAGAAUCGUUGGUUUAUCCCAAAUUAAAAAUGUCUGACAAUUAUUGGACGGCCUUAAAUUAUGUUAAUCAAGCUUUAGAUGCUUUAGAAAUAAUGCUUAAACAAAAGCAACGUUUAAAACGUGAAACCUCGAAUGAAAAUUUGGAAUACAUUUAUGACACCUUAAAUGUUAACAAUUUAAAUGUUAAUAAAUUGCUUAAGGCUAAAAGAGUUAAUAAAAAUACCGAAAAACCAGAAUUUGAUACAAUCAAAGCUUCUAAAGUCAUAGUUAGCGACAAAUAGCCAACCCCACCAGAAAGAGUUAAUCCUGCAGAAAGUUUAGAUUAUAGAGAUGAAGAUGAAUUCAUGACCAUAAGAAAUCUACAGAUUACCGGAAAACUUAAUGAAUAUCAAUGGUCAGACUUACUGAAUAAUACUUUGAAACGUAAACAGGAAAUACAAUUCCUUAAAGCGCCAGUACAAAUUAGAAAUUUAAAAACCGAUACUUUGCUAGUGAAUAAUGAUAAAAUAAAUGAACAAAAUCUGGGAGCGCUUAUACCUAUUAAUACGGGCAGAUAUGUUAUAAAUCAAGAUAUACAAUUUGCCGCACCAAUAACUGCAAAUCGUGUGGAAAUAUCACAAAGAUUAAAUAAUUUGCAUGUUUUUCAAGGACAUUUUGAUGUUUUAUUGAAAAAAUCCAAUAAAACGCAAGUGAUAGAAGGCAUGAAAAAUGUAACCAAUAUCAAGGUUCUAGAGCCCAUAACAAUAGCGGGCAAAAUGAUGGGCCGCCAACUAGAGGCCAUAUCCCCCAACAAAUUCAUACAUGAUGAGUUGAUAUUACAGGGCAACUUUAUGAUUAAUGGUGAUGUUAAUAUUAAUCACCAAUUAAACACUUUGGAUCUUAUAGAUUUAAAAGAAAAACUAUCCGCUAAACAGGUCCUGGAUAUGGGUAUACGUAUGGAUAAAAGUUUAAAAGAUGUUAAUCUUAGGUUUCUGCAACCUUUGAGGGCUAAUAACUCUUUAGUUAGUUUUGUUAUCAACAUGAAUUUGCAGCGUUUGGUUAAACUCAAUCAAGAUGAUAUACAAAUAAUAGAGGGUACAAAAUUGUUUAAGGACUCUUUGGAAAUAAGUAGAGGUUUUAGUGAGGUAAAAAAUCUCAAUGGUGUCGAUAUGGAGAAAUUGGAAAAGAAUGCAUUUCUAAAGAAUAACAAUCAAACUAUAACGGUACCCAUGAAAAUUGGUAAAAUUUCAGCGAAAAACAUUAAAAGUCCUACGGUACUUUUAAACUCUAAUAACUACACCGAUUACUUAACCCUAACUGGCAAUCAAACUAUACAGGCGAACCUAAUCAUCGACAAUCUCAAAACCAAACAUCUAACCGUGGAACAUUUAAAUACCGAUGGCAAAAUAUUUAAUCAACACUUACAGGACAUAUAUCAACAAAAAUCUCGCAAUGCUCCGCAAGAAGAUUUAUUCCAAAGAAAUCGCAUUCACGGUUCCAUUUAUGUACAAAAUCUUAUACUAAAUACCACUAUUAAUAAUAAAAAAGUUGAAGGAAUUGAAAAUCAACUGUUACAAUUAGAGGGCAAUAUAAAAUAUGUUGGAAAUUUCAAAUUUAAUUAUGCCAUGAAUGUUACAAAUAUGACGUUCCAAGGUAAAUUAAAUGAUAUUACAGCUCAGGAAUUUGGUAAAUGCUGGUUGCAAAAAACUGGGGAAAAGCAAGUGUUUACAGCAGUCCAAUCUAUAGCCGAGAUAAAUGCUGAAGAGGGAGUACAAUUAUUGGGUAAAUUAAAUGGUUUUACAAUGGAUGAUUUCUAUGCCAAAACUUAUUGGAUAAAUCGUGAUGAAUAUAUAGAAAAUGUAAAUUUUGAAAAUCCUAUCGAAAUAACGGGUUCUUUAACCACCCAAACCCUUAACAACUAUUUGGUGCCCCAGGAUGUACUCUAUAAACAAGCGAAAGAUUCCCCCAUUAUUCUGCAAUCCCUAACAGUUGAUGAUAAUUUCAUAGUUGAAGGCAAUAUUAACAAUUUAACUUCUGUUAACGAUAUAAAUAUCUGCGAAUUACAAGACUUUUUGUAUAAUCCUCAUGGUGAUUCUUUAUAUGUACAGCAGGCUUAUUUUGCUCAAACUGCUCCUCUGUAUAAAACUUUAAAUAGUCAUUAUAUAAGAAAGACUUUGGAUUCCGUUUGGCUGGCCAAUGAGAAUGUAGUUUUACCUCAUCAUAUUGAAAUAGUUGAUGCUUAUUUUGACGGUCUAUUGGAAUUUGAGGGUCCCAUUAAUAAUAUGAAUUUGGAUUAUUUAAAAGAAAACUACUUUAGUAAAUCUAAGCCACAAGAAGUUUCUGUCGACAUGGUGUUUUCCGAGGGAGCUGAAUGUGAGGGCGUGUUAAAUGUUAAUGAGCUUCAGGUAUUCGGUCCACUAAUAGAGGGAGAAAGCAAACAACAUUUAAAUUUUAAUGAAUUUGUGCAAAACACUUUAAAAACUUCAGGACCUCACAUAAUCUCCGGCAAUUGGUCCCUACUAGAAGCUAUAGUACAAGGAAAUCUGAAUGGUGUAUUAAUCAAUCACUUGAAUCUAGUAGAUGACAUAGUGCAUACAGUAAAACCUGUGCAAGCUUAUCAAUUAAAAGCCACCAAAACCUUUAAAAAUGCUUAUAUAGAAAAUCUUUAUGCUGAUCCUUCCAGUUAUGUUAAUAAAGUUCCCAUAGCAAAUUGGAUUAAAGAAGCUGUAUAUCUAUACGAAAAUUACACUAUCAGAGGAGUAACCACUAUAGAUUCCCUAAAUGUUUACAACAAUUUAAUGGUUUUAGGAAAAUUAAAUAAUAUUACUUUUAAUGAAAACUAUCUACUACUGCAAAAUAUUGAACAACAUAUACCAGGCCAUAUGAAAAUUGUUAGCCAUUUGGCAGCCGAAAAACGUUUUCUCACUAAUAAUAUAGAAAAUUUAUAUGCUGACUUUAUAAAUCGUCAGUAUAUAACAGAAUUUAUAGAAAAUCUUGUGCCGGCCUCAACAACUAGUGAGAUUAAAAGCCAUUUAGUGUUUAAUCAUCCUUUAAAGGUGGAAAAAUAUGAAGGUCCUGAAGGUUUUCUAACACAAAAUCAAUGGCUGAAACGGGAUAUCAAUGAGCAGAGACAAAUAAGUAGAAAUUAUAUGGAAAAUCGAGAAAAUAUUGAGGAUUUCAUUAAAGUAAAGGAGUAUUUAAAAAAUAUUACAAAAAAUCAUGUUUAUAAAUUGGAUCAUUUUGAUGUCAUACAGACUAUAGAGAUUCAAUCAGAGGAAGUUACUUUAAGUCUUGAGUUUGAUUCGAAAAUUGUGGAUAUUUUGAUUGUCUUUAAUGCAAAAGAUGAAAAUGCAACUAUUUAUGAGUGGAAUCUGGAAAAGGGACAAUUUGAAGAAACUAGUGUUUAUAAUUGGCUUCCUUUUGAUCCUAAUUCCUUGAAAAUCUUACAAAAAAGAUUUGAAAGAUUCCCGCAACCAGUAAAUGUUCAACAAUUAAAACAAUUUUUGCAGCAAGAUCUUAAAAAUGUACAAGACGUUCUAUUUAACUCCCGUAAACUUAAUAAUUAUUUUGAAUUUUUAAACCAAGACUGUGUUUUAUAUCCAAAUAUUUUAAACAUUUCUAUGGAAUUACAAAUUUUUUGUUUAAAUUCCCAACAUCUAGCUAAAAUCAACAAUUUCCCGCCCAAACCAAAACAGAUUUUAUUAUUAAAUGAAAGUUCGUUGGCUUUGCUUUUUAAUAACUCGUUAUUAGUUUAUGAUAUCACUUCAAACUCCCAUAAAAUCUUGCAAAAAUUGCCUAUAAACUAUCCCUCACAAAUGGCUUUUGUUAGCUUUAAACCUUAUCAAUUUCUGGCUGUUUUAAGUAACAGUCCUGCCGAUUCCCUUAAUCAAGGCUUUGUGCAAAUUUAUAGGUCGGUAAAUUCUAGCCAUUUUAAGCUGUUGCAGUCUUUAGAAUGUUCUCCAGCUUUAAAAUUAAAAUUUUUCUAUAUAGAAAAGUCACAAGAUUUACUUUUGAGCAUUUUAACGGAGUCGCCUAUUAAACCUUAUUUAAUUUAUCAAUAUCAAGGUGUAAAAGGUUUUCAAGAAGUUUUAACAGAAUCUAUAUUGCCGGAAGAUGUUAUAAAUUUUAAUGUAUUGCAAUUGUAUUCCAAAGAACAACAUUUUGUGUCUUUAAUAAGUCCACAUAAAGUUACUUUAAUGGAUAUAGAUAUAAAGAGAAUUCUAUAAAAUUAUUAAAGUAAAUUUUAAUUAUUA